GUAAAAAAUAAAAAUUAUAUAAAUAUUAAUUAAUAUCUUAGUUAGAAUAUUAAGAAGGCAAAUUUAAAAUAACAAGCAAAAAAUAAAAUGUAGUCUUAUUAAAGUUCUGAAAGACUUAGUAUUCAGCUUUAAAUUUCUCUGAUAAAAUAUGAUAAAAUUUUACUAAAUGAAGGAUUAAUAAAUGCUUACAAUCCAAUAUAUACUAUUAUUUAAGUAAACUGUAAUUAAGAAAAUGCUAUUUUAUAAUCUCAAGUAUUACCUGAUAUUAUGGACUUAGAUUUAAUACAAAUGACUUAUCAAAAGAAUGCUUAUUUACUUAAAUGUAAUAAUAAAGGUUAAAUUCUUUUUUCAGGAAAGCAAAUUGAUCAAAAGUAUUAAUUUAUUUUUAAUGAUAAGUUUGAAGUUGCGAUUGAUAAACUAGCAUUUAUUUCUGGAUAAUCAUUCUUAUUUUUUUUAGACAAGGAAAAAAAUGUUUCCACUCUCUAAUUCUUAGGAUAAUCAUAAUAAAAAUAUUCAAAAUAAAUACAUUCAAAAGUAGAUUUCUUGAUUGGUUCUAAGGAUUAGAGCUCUGUAUUAUUAGUUGAUGAGUUUAGGAGGUUUAUUAUUUAUGAUUAAAGUGUUUUUAAAAAUGUAAAUUAACUUUCUCCGCUAUAAUUAGAAAUAGAUUCUAGCUAAAAAUAACUAUUAUAGGAAGAUAAUGAAAGGAUUUUAAGUUCUAUUUAAAGUAUUGAUUAUAUCUAGCAUGAAGCAGGAUAUUUUAUUUAUCUAGCAAGUUAACAGUAUCUAUACAAACUUAAUUAUCAUAGAGAUAAUGAGGGAAUAUAAGUAAAUUAAAUAAUAAGAAUUGACUAAAGUAGAGGCAAAGUUUAAAAAAUUGUUGCAUUAAAUUCAAAUUAAGGAAAAUAUUUUGAAGUAGUUGUAGUGCAGUAAAAAAGUGUUGACUAAUACUUGUUUACAUAAAAAUUCAGUACUAAAAAUUUAUGGAAAAGCAAUGAUGAUAGUGAUAAAAUUGCAUUUGAUUACACUUACAAAACCAAAAAUAGUACAUAUUAUCAUAUAAUUUAAUGUGUUUCCUAACAAGAACUUUAUAAAAAUAAAUAAAACUAGCUAGAAUUUAAUAAAUCUUAUGUUUUUGUUACUAAAGAUUGA